AUGGUGGGGGGCCAACCUGUAACAUUUAUGGUGGACACAGGGGCAGAGCAUUCAGUGGUGACCACACCUGUGGCCCCCCUCUCAAGAAGAAAAGUGACUAUUGUUGGGGCUACGGGAACACAAACAAAUCGUCCAUUUUGCCAGCCUCGGACCUGUCAACUUGGAGGCCAUCUGGUAACUCAUGAGUUCUUGUAUGUGCCAGAAUGUCCCAUUCCCUUACUGGGAAGAGAUCUCCUGACUAAACUAGGAGCCCAAAUAACAUUCACUCCCGGAGGGCCAGCUAGCCUAGCCUUAAAAGAUAGGGGAACCUUUCUAAUGGCAGUUACAGUACCCAGAGAGGAUGAAUGGCGAUUCUAUUGCUCAGAGAAGAGCUACACGAACCCAGAAAGCCUACUAGAAGAGUUCCCUAAGGUAUGGGCAGAGAAAGGGCCCCCCGGGAUGGUUAAGAACCAUGCACCUAUCAUAGUAGACCUGAAAGCCAGGAGCACCCCAAUCAGACAGAGACAGUAUCCUGUCCCCCGGGAAGCACGUCUGGGGAUCCAGAGUCACAUACAACGACUCCGAGAUGCUGGAAUAUUGAGAGAGUGUCAGUCAUCGUGGAAACCACUACUGCCAGUCAGGAAGUCCGAAGGAAAAGAUUACUGGCCUCUCCAGGAUCUGCGGGCAAUCAACAAUGCAGUCGUCACGAUACACCCAGUAGUGCCAAAUCCCUGCACUCUCCUCAGUCUCCUGCCUGCUCAGGCCAGCUGGUUCACCUGCCUUGACCUCAAGGAUGCUUUCUUCUGCCUCCGGCUGGCACCAGUCAGCCAGCCAUUGUUUGCUUUUGAGUGGGAGGACCCACUCACAGGGAGAAAAACACAAUUUACAUGGACCAGACUACCACAAGGGUUCAAAAAUCCACCAACCCUGUUUGGAGAAGCAUUGGCCACUGAUCUUGCUGCUUUUCCCAGAAAGACUCUGAACUGUACCUUGCUUCAGUACGUGGAUGACUUACUUUUAGCUAGCCCCACUUGGAAAGACUGCUGA